CUGAUGGCUAUAAACAGCGGCGGCAGCAGGAUCCAGGCGUUAACACUGUCCACCUGCAGGCUGGGAACAUGACUUUCUUUAAGUGCACCCUCAGUCUCCUCCUCAUCCUCACGGUCUCUGACCGCUCCUGGGCUGAAGACAAGGAUCUGUCCGUCUCUGAGCUCCUGUGGAGGGCCAACAAGGAUGUUGUGCGUACGAAGGACGAGCCCUUGGUGAUGGAUGACAUUGCUUAUGACAAUGAAAACGAGAGGAACGCUGAUCCCUGCACCUCCAGCGGCUGCAUGUGGGGAAAGUCCAGCGAUGGAAAGGUCUACGUGCCUUACGUCAUCGCCACACAUUUCUCUUCUCGGGAGCGCUCCAUCAUCGAGCGUGGGCUUACGUCCUUCACCAGCGUCUCCUGCAUUCGCUUCGUCCAACGCACCAACCAGAGGGACUACCUCAACAUCCAGUCCAACAGCGGCUGUUACUCCUUCGUCGGCCGCCGUGGUUAUUCCCAGACGGUGUCUCUGGACCGCCAGGGCUGCCUCUACCACAACACGGUCCAGCACGAGCUGCUCCACGCCCUCGGCUUCAACCACGAACAGUGCCGCUCCGACAGGGACCAGCACAUCCGGAUCCUGUGGCAAAACAUCCAGUCCGGUUGGGAGUACGCCUUCGACAAGAUCAACACCCUGAACCUGAACACCCCCUACGACUACACCUCUGUCAUGCAGUACCACAGGUACGCCUUCUCCGGGAACAACAAGCCCACUAUGGAGCCUAUCCCCAACGCCAAUGUUGAAUUCGGCACAGGCAAGGAGAUGAGCAAGAACGACAUCAGCAGGCUGAACAAGCUGUACAAAUGUUAAAAACACACUUCGGGUUUGAGUUUACGUUGCACUUCUGUCGCUGUAAAGAGAACAACCCUGACAACAUGGUGCUAAUUCCCACAUUUUAUCAACAAUAAAUCUUCUAACAUGUUCA